UUGACGUUUUCGUCGCAACGGGCAUCCGGUUGUUAAAGACAGGCUAGCUUGGCGAAACAGCAGAUCACGGCGAAAUUGGCCACUUUAUAAGCCGAAGGACAGAAAGGAUAGCUUGGUCAGGUCCGCCGCUCAACAAUGGACGCGGUUUUUGUCGAUUUUUCUCGUAUUAUUUGUCUGUUGGCUGUCGCCAGCUCGGCUAGUUAGCACAGCAUGCUAACUGGCUAAUUAAACCCUGACAAGUGUUCGGCUGCUUGUCUGACUGGCUGACGACAGAGAGAGAGAGAGAGCUGUCAAGAGAAGGAAAUAAUUAACUUCUAUCUGCUAAGAUUGACACACCAGGGGUGAUAACAGGAGCUGGUAUGGACAGGAGUUUCCAAGGGCUGUUGCUUUGACUUCUAGUUUAAUUGGAUGUAGAUUAUAGAUUAUAAACACACAAAGAUAGGACUUCAAUUUGGCUUUUAUUUGCUUUGGUUUACAGUGAGUCUUGGAUAUUACAGUGUGUCGUGAUAACUGAAAAGGCUAUACGUUUUCUUGAUCUAAAUCUAGAAAAUACAAUUGUUUUAAUAUUCACAUCCGGAUUGAUUUAUUGGCUUAAGGGAAAUUUACUAACGUCAACGUAUUACACCUGUGUUCAGUAAAAUAAACAGGUGUGACUCACCAACCUGCGCACAGGACUUGGAGCAGCUUUGCACUACAACAAAUGCCUGGUACAUCUCUAUCAGUUACACCUCGGUCCCUGGUUACUUGAAAUAAUAACAUUCCUACAUGCUAUUUAAUUGCAGAUUUGCCUACAAGUGGAUAUAUUUAAGCACACAGUCACUUUGUGUCUUAUAGUUCUGGUUUUGGUGUUUGCACAGAAAUAUUGAUGUAUUGUAAUUGGUCAAGAUUCAGCAACGAACUAGCAUGAUGCUUUCUGUACAUAUUCAUUAUUUCAUGGUACAUUGUUGUCAAAGCCAAGAAGUAUUUUAACAUGAUCUCAUAGGCAUAACAUUAAUGGGAUUAUCUAGGUGUAUGUAUCUUAGGUGUUUUGUUGGUUUGAGCACUUUGGUUAGGGCAGUGGUAAUGACUAGGUACUUGCUGUGUGCCUGACUGUGAGCCACCCUGUAGUUUUAUGCAUAUUGCCACGAUCUUGUCCACCCACCACAAUGCCGGCUGUACUGUUUUUAUUGAUGCUGCUUGGAGCAUUAUGCAGCCUCGGACAGGCCAUGUCACGAGAAGAGAAGCACAGGUUGAGGAACCAAGUGGUUGAGAUGUUUGACCAUGCAUAUCAGAAUUAUAUGGACCAUGCAUACCCAGCAGAUGAGCUGAUGCCGCUAACAUGCAGAGGAAGAGUACGUGGGCUUGAACCCAGUCGAGGUGACGUAGAUGACGCUCUGGGGAAGUUCUCUCUGACCCUCAUAGACACUCUCGAUACUCUGGUGCUUUUGAACAAGACAACAGAGUUUGAGGCUGCGGUGAGGAGAGUGCUGUCGGAUGUGAGGCUGGACAACGACAUUGUGGUGUCGGUCUUUGAAACCAACAUCCGAGUCCUUGGAGGUCUGUUGGGAGGUCACUCCAUGGCUGUGAUGCUGAAGGAGGGAGGUCAACACAUGCAGUGGUACCAGGAUGAGCUCCUGCAUAUGGCCAAAGACCUGGGCCUCAGACUGCUGCCAGCCUUCAACACCAGUAGUGGCCUGCCUUAUCCCAGGGUGAACUUGAAAUAUGGUGUCAGGGGUCCUGAGACGAGAACGGGCACAGAAACAGACACCUGCACUGCGUGUGCAGGGACCAUCAUCCUGGAGUUUGCAGCAUUAAGUCGCUUCACUGGGGACCCCGUGUUUGAGGCCCAUGCCCGCAGAGCUCUGGACUUCCUGUGGGAGAAGAGACAGAGAAACAGCAAUCUGGUGGGAACCACCAUCAACAUCCACUCUGGAGAGUGGGUCCGCAGGGACAGCGGAGUGGGAGCCGGGAUUGACUCAUACUAUGAAUACCUGCUGAAGGCUUACAUCCUCUUGGGAGAUGACCUGUUUCUGCAGCGGUUCAAUAUUCACUAUGCAUCUAUAAUGAAGUACAUUAGCCAGCCUCCACUGCUGCUGGAUGUCCACAUACACAAACCUCUGCUUCCCGCUCGUACCUGGAUGGACUCUCUGCUGGCCUUCUUCCCUGGACUGCAGGUGUUGAAGGGAGAUAUCCGUCCAGCCAUCGAGACUCAUGAGAUGUUGUAUCAAGUGACGAAGAAACACAACUUCCUGCCAGAGGCCUUCACUACUGAUUUCAGGGUCCACUGGGCCCAACACCCCCUGAGGCCUGAGUUUGCAGAGAGCACCUAUUUCCUUUACAAGGCCACAGGAGACCCUUAUUACCUGGAGGCAGGUCGCACCAUCCUGGACAACCUCAACCGCUUUGCUCGUGUUCCCUGCGGCUUCGCUGCAAUGAAGGACGUACGCACCGGGAGUCACGAGGACAGAAUGGACUCCUUUUUCCUCGCCGAGAUGUUUAAAUACCUGUUCCUGAUGUUUGCUGAUGCUGAGGACUUACCUUUUGACGUGGAGGACUACGUCUUCACAACCGAGGCCCACCUGCUGCCCCUGUCCCUCUCCACAGCCCCUCAUUCUUCAUCUAUCCCCUCAAACAGAACGACAGAGGAGGAGCUGGACGACACAAACUUUGACUGGACCUGCCCGAACACUCGCCUGCUGUUUCCUGACCCCGCCUUCCCUCGAAACCUGAGAGAACCAAUCCGUAGUGCUGUGGACAAGAGCUGCCCCCGCCCCGCUCCUUACCGGGAGCCCGGUAUGGGUCGUCCUCCCCUGCGAGCUCAGGACUUCAUGGCAAACAACCCUGAACACCUGGAGCUGCUGAGGAGAAUGGGAGUCAGUCUCAUCCACCUGAAAGACGGCAGGGUGCAGCUGGUCCAGCACGCCACACAGGCGGUGAGUGCGGUAGCAGCAGAGGACGGCGUGCGUUUCAUGCAGGAGAUGAUGGAGCUGUCCAGCCAGCAGCAGAAAGAGCAGCUGCCUCCCAGAGCCAUCCAGAUCGUCUCACAUCCGUUCUUUGGCAGAGUCGUGCUGACUGCAGGCCCAGCGCAGUUUGGCACGGACCUGUCCAAAAGUUCCACAGGGGUACGAGGCUUUGUGACUGUGGCUGAACCCUACAGCGGCUGCAGCGAGAUCACCAACGCUGAGUACGUGCAGGGCCACAUCGCUCUGCUUCAGAGGGGUCAGUGUAUGUUUGCAGAGAAGGCCCGACACAUCCAGAAGGCUGGCGCCAUCGGAGGCAUUGUCAUCGACGACAACGAGGGCAGCAGCAGUGACACGGCGCCCCUGUUUCAGAUGGCAGGAGAUGGCCGCAGCACCGAUGACAUCACCAUGCCCGUUCUCUUCCUCUUCCACAAGGAGGGCAACAUCCUGUUGGAGGCGCUGAAGGAGUACAGGGAGGUGGAGGUGCUGCUGAGCGACAAAGCCAGAGACAGAGGUGUGGACGUGCAGGAAGCGGAGGAAGGCUGCUUAACCGAGGCAACAACUCCCACCUCAUUUGAACCUGUUGGCCAAUCGCAAAUGAGCACGUUGGAGCUGGAUGAAUUGGCUCCUGAGGAGGUUACACCAUCACAGGAGGAAGUCAGUCCUGUAGACCAAGACACGAGUCCUGCAGAGGAAGUCAGACCACCUGAAGAGGAAUCUAGUCCUGCAGAGGAAGUCAGACCAACAGAAGAGGAAGCUAGUCCUGCAGAGGCUGAUUUGUCACAGUCCAAAGAGGAGAGAGACUCUGAGGAGAGAGAGGAGCCUGAGGGCGACACAGACUCAAGCAGCCAGUCGGUGGAUGAACUGCUGGCUGAUUGGCGGGAGGACUUGGAGGCGUUCCAGCAGAUGGAGAAGGAUGAGCUCUGACAGUCGACGGUGCGAGUCGUGCCCUGUGACUGCGGUUUGAACCCACUGUGAGGAGACACCUGGAGGGGACGCCUCUUCUCAAAUCACCAGCCUCAACCUGGUGAACUCGAAGGAAGCCGGACAGACGUCUCUCAUGACUGUUUGUUCUCUCGUCCUCUCUCUGUGGAGGGUAUCACGUGCCAAGGCAGCCCCACAUACUGUAUCUCUGGACCAUAAGGGAGUCCUUUUUUAGCCUGGUAGUUUAUGGAUGAGAGGCCAGGGUUUUUACCUCACAUUCGCAUACAGUUUCUGUUUCGUAACUAUUGAUUGACAACAAGGACCAGACUGUAUGUAACAGCGUCUCACUUUCCACUCCAAAUUACUUCUCACACUGUUGUUCUCUCUAUGCAUUACUGACUUCUUUUUGUCUCAAAUGAACUCUGGUCCAAAACAACUGCGAAUUAAUCCAUUGACCAAUUAAUUUUACUUUAAAAUGUGAUGAUUAUUUGUGAUGAAACAUUUACUAUCUUUGUGGUCUGGGGCUUAAUCAUAUGUACACAUUGAUGUGAGCUAAGGACUUUAAUUUAUGUGGGGGUCGGUGACAUUGAAUAAGCUGCAGGAUCUUUAUAUGGCUUUAUGCUAGACAACCUCAACACCAAACCUGAUCUCUCUGGAGGAUAUAUGAAGUCAUCUGUCAGUGUAAAUAUGUAUUUGUCAAGAUAUAUUGACUGGAAAAAUAUAGCGCUGCUUUGCUCAGGUUCUGGUUCACCCCGCAAACGAGGACCUCUGGACCACAUCGGGUGGAGCAGACACACCCUCAGCAGCGUGGUGGGAUGGAUUACACCCCUAUAAACUACCACAGGGGGGCGCUAUGAGAUCUGUCUGUCAUGCUUUUACUGCUGACUGAUUGGAAGGAGAACAAAUAAGCCAAUAAGUUAACAUGAUGAAAUUAAAUAAAAAGUAAGAGGGGAAACUGGGAAGUCUGGCUUGAUUCUUUG